AUGCGCAAACUUUUAAAAGAGGAAACUACCGACCGUUUUAACGAAAAAUCUAAAGCCUAUAAUCUCCGCCGCAAUUACCCUGAUGAUAUUGUCGACGAAAACAAUGUGGAGUUGCGAUUGAGAUUAGAUCAAGGAAAAUUUGAGAAUAAGAUCUCUGAAUUAGGAGAUAAUUCUUGUUUUUCUGCUGCUCGUAUUUAUGCUUGUCUUGUUAAUAAGUAUGAGACUUACAACAAUUACAUCGACUAUUUGGAAAAGUAUGCUGAAGAAAAUAAAAUAGUUGAUCUGAUUUCAAUCCAAUAA